GAUAGUAUCACUUUUUCGUUAUUACACACGCUAAAACUGAUUACAAUUACUCAAAAACAUGAAACUGCUAUUGAAACUAAAUCUACGGGCACGGACAGUGAUCGAUUUUGGUCCAUACCUACUAUGUAAGAGAUUAUUUGAAGAUUGUUUAUUUUGUUAUCAGGUUUUGGUGACUUUGUCGCAUUACAAAAAGAACAAGCAUUAAGUACAAACCCACUCUAUGUUGUAUUAGCCAUGACAUUUAUUCUAUUUGGCCUCACCGUUGUUGCGUCAUCUAUGAAUUUACUCGUAUUACGAUUUUUAACAAUGAAUACAGAAGAUGAAAGACGAGAAGAAAUCGAAUCUCAAGUGAGAAACUCAUUAAGAUUUGAUAGUGAUAUAAUAACGGCUAAUGGUGAUUUACGAAUACUUGCUGAGCAUCUUGAAUAUUUAUCAAAUACAUCUGAUUCAAAACCAUGUAAUUGUUUUGGAUGUUUAAAAAGAAAGAAAAAACGCUAUACCGUAAGACGUUCUCCAGGCAAAAUUGCUCAUUUAAUUCCGUUACAACGAAUGGAUUCUAUAAUGACACGAACUCGUUUACGAGCAAAUACUGGACAACAAGGAUCAAUUCACGCUUCAGACGAAAUUCUACGUUUUGAUCAAUUUAACAAUAAUCAUAAUCAUUUUAAUCACAGCAACGUAUCUGCAUCAACAAAACUACCAUUAAUGCUACCAUCGUCAAAGCAUAUUUCAACCGAUAACCUUCUCCUACCAAACACUGCAUCAUCUGCUCAUUCAAUUAGAAAUGAUCGUCAGUCACCAGAUAUUUCACCACAAACACAUCUAGCAACAGUAUUGGCAAAGUUUCGUCAAAGAUCAUCAGUGUGA